CGCCUGGCAGAGGCCAUAGCUUCGCAAUAGGAACGAUGACACCUUGCCUACCUGAUCGCUGCUGAAGAUUGGCUCUAGGCUUGAAUCAUCUGCCGCCUGAACCCAGCUAGCAACAGAUACUGUAUUUGUGAAGCUGGGUGGAACCAUGGGAACACAAAAGUAAAACAAGAAAGCAACAAAACCCAAAACAAACAAAAGACUCGAAAACCAAACCCGGAAGAGCUCAUGGAAUUCCCAUCAGCUGUACAGACUGUGUACAUAGUGUGAAAAUGCCACAAGGAACUUUAGUACCUCCUCGGCAGGCAGCUUAUCUUGAUGGGGACACUGAUACAAACAACAAAUGUCGUCUGUAAUCUUCAGGACUGAGUCGAAGGUGCUUUGUUGUCUAACCUGACCUGUCUCCUUUCUUUCAUCCUGUAUAUGCAUUGAGAUGAUUCUGUCACAUGAGGAUAUGUGUGCUCUUCUGCCCGGAGACGUCUUCCUCUUCCCACGCUACCUACAUGAUCCCCUUGAGGCUGGGGAGUAGAAGGACCCAGGCCUCACAUUGGAAUCUAGGCUCUGCAUAUCUGGCCAGAAAUGGCCUCCACCUUCAACCCCAGAGAGUGUAAACUGUCCAAACAAGAGGGGCAGAACUAUGGCUUCUUCCUCCGCAUUGAGAAGGACACUGACGGUCACCUGAUCCGGGUGAUUGAGGAGGGGAGCCCAGCAGAGAAGGCGGGGCUCCUGGACGGCGACAGGGUGCUCAGGAUCAAUGGUGUCUUUGUCGACAAGGAGGAGCAUGCUCAGGUGGUGGAGCUGGUCAGAAAGAGUGGGAAUUCAGUGACUCUGCUGGUCCUGGAUGGAGACUCCUAUGAGAAGGCUGUGAAAAAUCAGGUGGACUUGAAAGAGCUGGAUCAAAGCCAGAGGGAGGCCGCUCUGAAUGAUAAGAAACCGGGCCCUGGGAUGAACGGAGCGGUGGAGCCGUGUGCCCAGCCACGGCUCUGCUACCUGGUGAAGGAGGGCAACAGCUUUGGCUUCUCUCUGAAAACUAUCCAAGGUAAAAAGGGUGUGUACUUGACUGAUAUAAUGCCUCAGGGUGUGGCCAUGAAAGCUGGUGUUCUGGCUGAUGAUCACUUGAUUGAAGUGAAUGGAGAAAAUGUAGAGAACGCCAGCCAUGAGGAAGUGGUUGAAAAGGUGAAAAAGUCUGGAAGCCGUAUCAUAUUCCUCCUUGUGGACAAAGAAACUGCCAGGUGCCAUAGUGAACAGAAGACACAAUUCAAGAGGGAGACAGCCAGUUUGAAACUGCUGCCCCACCAGCCCCGGGUGGUAGUGAUCAAGAAGGGCAGCAAUGGCUAUGGCUUCUAUCUGAGGGCGGGGCCUGAACAGAAAGGUCAAAUCAUUAAGGACAUAGAACCUGGGAGCCCAGCAGAGGCAGCCGGCUUGAAGAACAACGACUUGGUAGUUGCUGUCAAUGGCAAGUCUGUGGAAGCUCUUGAUCAUGACGGUGUGGUGGAAAUGAUUAGAAAAGGUGGAGACCAGACGACUCUGUUGGUGCUGGACAAAGAGGCAGACAGCAUCUAUAGCCUGGCUCGUUUCUCUCCACUUCUUUACUGCCAAAGUCAAGAACUGCCUAAUGGUUCUGUCAAGGAAGGCCCAGCUCCGAUCCCUGCUCCUCUGGAGGCCACAGGCUCAGAGCCCACAGAGGACUCGGAGGGUCACAAGCCCAAGCUCUGCAGGCUACUUAAAGAGGACGACAGCUACGGCUUUCACCUGAAUGCCAUUCGGGGUCAGCCUGGCUCCUUUGUCAAAGAGGUACAGCAGGGUGGCCCUGCUGACAAGGCUGGGCUGGAGAAUGAGGACAUCAUCAUCGAAGUGAACGGGGAGAAUGUGCAAGAGGAGCCCUACGACAGAGUGGUGGAGAGAAUCAAGAGCAGCGGGAAGCACGUCACUUUGUUGGUCUGUGGAAAGAUGGCCUACAGCUACUUCCAAGCUAAGAAAAUCCCCAUCGUUUCCUCCAUGGCCGAGCCCCUGGUGGCUGGCCUUGAUGAAAAAGGAGAGACGUCAGCGGAGUCUGAGCAUGACGCCCACCCAGCAAAAGACCGAACUCUCAGCACAGCCUCGCACUCUUCUUCUAACUCUGAAGACACGGAGAUGUGAAGAGAACAAAUGAGGCUUCCUCUUGAGGGCCCAGGCACUGCCUCUCCGAGGAAUGAGCCCUGCCGACCCCGUCAGACCUCCUCUGGACCAUCUGUCCCCCGAGACUGUCUGUUGUUGUAAGGGCUGCUACUGCAGGUUGCUUAUUUAAGCUCAACUUAGCCAGAGGAGGGACCAGGUUCAGGUUCUUUCUAUGUGGUAUCUUCCAAAGUGCAACUUUUCACUUCUGAUGAUGAGACCUCUUCCUUCUGUAGGCUUGAGCACCUGGGAUGAUUCACUGUCUCUGUGAGCGCUGCUAAUUAAAGAAUCAAGCAGACUCUGUUACAGAAGUGUGCUUUUGUAGCAAUACUGUGGCUAAGCAGCAUUGCUAAGUGCUUUUGAGUUGUUUGCAACUUCCCUGUUGGCUAAUAGAAUCUGAAUAGUGUCUUUGUUCGAUAAAAACAUUUCAUGCUUUCUCAUUUGCUUCCAGAAGCCCAAAACAUGGCAAAAUACACACUGUGGCCUAGUAAUAAAAGGAGGCUUCCAGGAAAUAUACUUCAGCAUUUUCUUAUGUUACAUUUGAGUAUUAAAAAAAAAACAUCUCAACACCUUCCUUUUAUUGUCGGAGAGCUUAUGUUUCAGAACAGGAAAGGGCUUGUUCCAGUUAACUGAGGCACUGAGUUAGAGCACUGAGGCAGAGGGAAAGCCAACCUGAGCCAGCCACUGCUGGAUUAGCACGGAACAUUCACUCUUCUCUAAUUUAAAAGGAAAUAAAGAUUGGUGUACCUAAAA